UUAUCUACAUUGUUCAACUUAUUUAACGCUCGACGUAUCUGCAAUAAGUAAACACCUUUCACAAAAAUAAAACAAUAAAAUGAACGAAUUUUGCAAGUAUCGUGAUAUAUAUUCCUCAAGGCAAACUAAAUUAAUUGCCGACGAGUUCCACAGGCUAUCAGAUCAAUACUACUUGGAACAUGCAGGGGCCACUUUAUAUUCAGAAAAACAACUUCAGCAAAUUGCAAAACAAUUAUCUGAAAACUUGUACGCAAAUCCACAUGCUAAAAACGUUUCUAGCAAGUUGACAGAAGAUGCUGUGGAUAUAGUCAGAUAUCAAAUUCUUACACAUUUCAAAACAAACUCACAGGAAUAUUCUGUGAUAUUUACAUCCAGUGCCACUGCAGCUUUAAAAUUAGUUGGUGAAAGUUUCACAUAUAAAACAAAUGGCAUUUUUGCCUAUUUACAAGACAAUCAUACUUCCGUUUUGGGCAUGAGGGCGUAUGCUAAAGACACUUGUUGCAUUAAAGUGAACGAUGCCCUUAGCGAACUAAACGGAGAUGUCAAGAACGACAAUGGAAAAGAUAACUGUAAUUCUCUGUUUGUAUUUCCCGCGCAGAGCAAUUUUUCCGGUACUAAAUAUCCAGUGGCGUGGAUUGACUACGUGAAAAAAGGGGCACUAAAUCCGAUUUUAAAAACGAGUUGCCGAAACUGGUUUGUGCUAUUAGAUGCGGCUUGUUAUGCUUCCACAAACGAAUUGGAUUUGUCAACAAUUAAACCAGAUUUUGUUACUAUUUCGUUUUAUAAAAUUUUUGGAUAUCCAACUGGUUUGGGAGCUUUAUUAGUGAGGAAUUCUAGCUGUGAUUCUCUGAAAAAACGGUAUUAUGGAGGUGGUACGGUUUUGAUGGCUCAAACACUUGAAAAUGUUGCUGUGAUGAGAGAGAUUAUCCACGAGAGAUUUGAAGAUGGCACAAUUUCAUUCCUGUCAAUACUAGCACUUAAAGAAGGUUUCAAUACUCUCAAAAGACUGAAUUUGUCGAUUGACUUGAUUUCAAAACAUACGUUUUCAUUGGCGCAGUAUGUCUACAGACAUUUGCUUUGUUUGCACCAUUCUAAUGGCAAACCGGUUGUUAUUUUAUAUCAUAACACCACUUUCGAGACGUCGAGGGACCAAGGAGCCAUUGUUAAUUUCAAUGUUUUACGCGACAAUGGCGACUAUGUGGGAUAUGCUGAGGUUUUAAAUUUUGCAAAUUUACAUGGUAUUCACUUGAGAACUGGGUGCUUCUGCAAUCCAGGUGCAUGUCAGCACUUUUUAAAUAUGAGUUCGGAAGACGUACAAAGACAGUUUGAUGCUGGGCAUGUUUGCGGAGAUCAGCAUGAUUUGAUUGGCGGCUACCCUACCGGAUCAGUCAGAAUUUCAUUUGGGUAUAUGUCAACGAAAACUGAUGCAGAUAAAUUUCUGCAAAUGAUGGAAAAUUGUUUUGUUACUAAACCAGCUGUCAAAAAGAUCCCACAAAGUUUUUAUACAUUGCAACAGCAGUCUGUAGACGGUUUUAUUCUGACUGAUCGAGGAGGUAAAAGUCAGAAAAGUAUCGUGGAAUGUAACAAUAAUGUUAAUUCCUUGGAACCCCAACCCGACGAAGAAGGCAUCUUGCAACAAAUUAUUUUGUAUCCAAUCAAAUCUUGCAGUGGAUUUGUAGUUGAAGAUAAGUGGCCAAUAACAUCGACUGGUUUAAAAUACGAUCGACAAUGGAUGAUCAUAAAUUCAUCUGGAGUCUGCGUAACUCAAAAAAACAACAAAAAAUUGUGUCUUAUCCGUCCUAGUAUUAACUUGGAAACGAGAUCUUUAGUUUUAAGUUAUCCAGGACACAAAAUGAUCAGCAUCCCUGUCGAUAUAAGUGAAAAUUCACAAAUUUUCGCCUCUCUGUGUCAAAGCAAAGUGUGUGGAGAUAAAAUCCAGGCGUGGGAUUGUGGCCAUGAAGUAGCCGAUUGGUUAAGUGAAGUUUUAGAAUAUCCUGGUCUUCGUUUAUUAAAGCAGUGUUCAGAAAAUGAUGAAACAAGUAGGACGUCCAAGAAAAGUGAACAGUUUCAGUUGUCUUUGGCUAAUCAAGCUCAGUAUUUAUUAAUAAACGUAACAAGUGUAGAAUGGCUGCGACAACGAGCCAGAAACCACGAAUUACCCGAAAGUUUGGAAAACACAAUCCAGAGAUUUAGACCUAAUUUUGUUGUAAAAUUUCGAAAUGCGUUGGUUGAAAAUGAGUGCGAAGAAUUUAUUUUUGACAAUUUGAUUUUCAAGUCUGGCGGUGUUUGCACUAGGUGCCAAAUGAUAUGCAUUGAUCAAACGACGGGAAAAACAUCCAAGGAACCGCUACAAAUACUUUCCAAGUCUUUUCAAGGAAAAAUAUCAUUUGGAGUGUACCUAAAUAGAUCAGAAAAUUACCGGUUUUACGUGUACAUUGGCUGUAAAGUUAAAGGAAGAAAAAAUGGAAACUAAACAUCCAUUUCGUUUGUAGUGUUUGCAUUCUGAUAUGUAAAUUUUGUAUUGUAUUUACAGCGUAAAAAUUAUACUGGUUGUUGAUUUUUA